GCGCGUUCGCGCGGCGGCGCGGCGCGAGGAUGCUCCGCUCCACCAAAGGCGCCUCCAAGGCGCGGCGGGACCAGAUCAACGCCGAGAUCCGCGCCCUGCGGGACCUCCUGCCGCUGCCCGACGGGGACCGGCCGCGCCUCUCCUACCUGCACGUCAUGGCCCUCGCCUGCAUCUACACCCGCAAGGGAGCCUGCCUCCGGCCCGGCCCAACACGGGGAGCACCCAUGGAGCUGCUGGGGGGGCCGGAGCUGGCUGACCUGGUGGCAUCACUGCCCGGGUUCCUGUUGGCUGUCACCCGCGAGGGGAAGCUGGUUGGUGUCACCGACAACGUCGCACAGCACCUGGGGCACUCCAUGGUGGACCUGGUGGCUCAGGGUGACAGCAUCUACGACCUGUUGGACCCGGCUGAUCACCCCCUGGUGCGACAUCAGCUCACCCAGGCUGGGCCCCCCCAGGCAGAGCGCCUCUUCCGCUGCCGCUUCACCACCUCGCGGGCCUCGCGCCGCCCCAGUGCCGGGCGGAAGCUGGUGCUGCUGCGGGGCCGCUUCCAGGCCCCCCCCGGACCCCCCGGCACCUCCCCGGGGCUCUUUGUCGCCUUCUGCGCCCCCCUGGACCCCCCACCCUGGCCCUGCCCCGACUGCCUCCUGCUGCCGGCCUUCCAGAGCCGCCACGCGCGCGACCUCGCGCUGCUCGACGUCUCCGACAGUGUCCUGAUGCACCUGGGCUAUGGGCGUGGGGAGCUCCUGGGUCGCUCCUGGUACCGGCUCCUGCACCCCGAGGACCUCGGCCAUGUUGCGCGCCAGCACCUCCGCCUGGCAGGAGCAGGGCCAGAGGCACGGGGGGAGCUGGUGACACGGCUGCAGCGCAAGGAUGGCCUGGGCUGGACGUGGGUCUAUGCCCGCCUGCGCCCCGAGGGCCCAGCUCUGCUCGCCCACAACUUCAUCAUCAGUGAGGCCGAAGCUUGGUGCCUGCGGCAGCAGUUGGCAGCUGAGGCCCCCCCGGACCCUCCUGAGCCCUUUGGCCCCAGCCUUGACUUCCCUGGGGCCAGCAUUGGAGCUGGUGGGGACCUUGGUGUCGGCGCUGGCCCCGGUGUUGGCCUCGGUGUUGGUGCUGGUGUUGGAUCCGGUGUUGACCUCGGUGUUGGAGCUGGGCUUGGAGAAGACGUUGGAGUUAACGUUGGCAUCAGCCUUGGCCUUGGCGUCAACGUUGGAUGUGGCCUUGGAGCUGAUGUUGGACAUGGCCUUGGAUCUGGCUUGGGAGCCAACGUUGACCCUGGUCUUGGAGCUGGUGUUGGACCUGGUCUCGAUGCCAACAUGGGACCUGGUCUUGGAGCCACCAUUGGACAUGGCCUUGGAGGCAACGUUGGAGCCAGCAUUGACCCCGGUCUUGGAGCUGGGGUCGGAGUGAACGUUGGACACGGUCUCGGAGACGGCGUCGGACAAGCUCUUGGCUCUGAUGUCGGUGCUGGAGUUGGCAUCGGCGUCGGAGCCGGCAUCCGAGUCGACGUUGGCCUUGGUGUGGGAGCCGGCCCCAGCCCCGAUGUUGGCCCCAACCUUGGGGCUGAUAUUGGCGCUGCUCUCGGAGCUGGAGAUGACAUUGGAGCUGGUCUCCAAGCCAACGGCGGAGCCGGUGUUGGCUCUGGUCUUGGAGCCGGUGUCGCGCUCAGUGUCGGGGCCAACAUAGGGCCUGGUGUUGGUGGUGGUGUCAGAGCCAGCGUCGGGCUUGGCAUUGGGGCUCUUGGCCCUGCUCUUCCAUCUGAUGUCAGUGCUGGUGUUGGACUCACCGUCGGAGCCAGCGUCGGAACCAAUGUGAGCGCUGGAGUUGGACUUGGUCUUGGAGCCAAUAUUGGAGCCAACGCUGGCUCCAGUCUUGGAUCCGCCGUUGGACUUGGACUUGGAGCUGCUCUAGGAGCCAACGUUGGCUCCACUCUUCCAUCUGGUGUGGGACCUGGCGUUGGACUUACCGUUGGGGCUGCUGUUGGAGCCAAUGUUAGCUCUGGUCUUGGAUCCAGCGUUGGACUUGCUGUUGGAGCCGGUGCUGCUCUUGGACCCGAUAUUGACAUUGGCGUUGGACUUGGUGUUGGAGCCAACGUCGGCACUGCUCUUGCAUCUGAUGUUGGAUCUGGUGUUGGACUCGGCAUUGGAGCUGCUGUUGGAGCCAACAUCGGUGCCGGCGUUGGCUCCACUCUUGGAUCCGGCGUUGGACUCGGCCUUGGAGCCAACGUUGGCUCCAGCAUCGGCUCCGCUCCCGGAUCUGAUGUUGGUGCCGGUGUUGGACUCGCAGUUGGAGCCGGUGUUGGAGCUACCGGUAGCUCCGGUCUUGGAUCUGCUCUUGGAUUUGCCGUUGGAGCCGCACUCGGUGCCAAUGUCUGCGCCGGGCUCGGGCCUGACGUUGGUGCCAGCGUUGGACUCAGCCUUGGAGCCAGCAUUGACUCCGCUCUUGGAACCGGCGUUGACACCGGCAUUGGGCUCGGUGUUGGAGCCGGUAUCGGACCCGGUGUCGGACUUGGUGCUGGAGCUGCCAUUGGAGCCAGCGCUGGCUCCGCUCGAGGAUCCUCCAUCGCCCUCGGCCCUGGGGCCAGCGUUGACCCCGCUCUUGGACCUGGCAUUGGCCUCGGAGCCCCCAUUGGAGCCAACAUCAGCACCGGCCUCGGCCUUGCCCCCAGCCUGGCAGCGGGCGCCCGCCUUGCCCCAGGCUGCUCCUGA